GAUAGUUAGGCCUGGAUCGGAUUAGGCCUAGACGCAAGCACUGAGGCACUGAGUGAGGAUAAUUUUUGGAUUUCUAGCUUGUGAAUGGAAUUUCUCGGUUUUAUCCUGGGCUUUGGCCAUAUUCCCAUUAUCCGCCCUUCCUUUUUUCUUCUUCUUCUUCACACCUAACCGGUGAAUCGAGCAACAAUCAACAAUAGCCACGUUCAAAAGACAACCACGGUCGCCAAUGCAUAUGCAACAGUCGCAGGACAAUUUCUUUUCUUCGUUCCUCUUCCAGACCCAGAUGCGCAUUCCAGCACACCAGCCUAUCGCGCAAACCCUCUUCGAACCCCGAGCAGACGCUGAGCGCCGACGUGGCACGCGUCUACCUUGAAUCGCAGUAGGCGUGGGCUGAAGUGCGAACGAACGAUUCUUUAUCCAACUAUCUCAUUUUCGCAUCUUAUCCCAAGAAAAGAAGGAAACCAUAACCGCAACCUCACGAUGCUCCCACCGGCUGCUCCCGCUCUCACUACGGUGAGGGGAUUCGCUACCACGGUUACCCCGAUGAUGUCCGGUGACGAAGACUCCGACUGCUGCAGAACUCCACCGCUGACAACACGUUGCGGUCGCACUCCUCGAAUCGAUGACGUUGUGAGCGCAAACUGUAGUCCCGUUCUACGCGGCCAAAACUCGCCUGCCGUCGGCGGCAUUGCCAAACUGCGAAUGCAAGUCGACCAACUCAGCCUGAAUGAUUCCCGCGCAAGCACUAUGACCCGGAGCGACAGUCGUGCCCGCCCCCUGAGCCGAUGCGACAGUCGCCAGAGUGGCUUGGGCCGUAGCGAUGACGAUGUUUCCGAGGCGGGGUCGACGAGCUACGAGAUUGCUUUGGAGCACGACUUUGUCAGUGACAGCGUGCGCGACAGAUCUAAGGGCGGUGCCAUUGAGGGCGGGCUUGUACCACGCAAGAUGCAGGCAGACGAUUUUGAGCCGCUGCGUUGUCUCGGCAAGGGUACCUACGGCACUGUGCUUCUUGUCAAGCAGCGGACCACCGGCCGCCUCUAUGCGCAGAAGCAAUUCAAGAAGGCCUCAGUGGUGGUCCACAAGAAACUGGUCGAGCAGACAAAGACGGAGCGACAGAUCCUCGAGUCAGUGAAUCGGCACCCGUUCGUCGUCAAGCUGUUCUACGCCUUCCAAGACCACGAGAAGCUCUACCUUAUCCUUGAGUACGGCCAGGGUGGGGAAUUGUUCACUCACCUCAAUACCGAGAAGAUGUUUCCCGAGCCUGUAGCGGCAUUUUAUAUGGCCGAGAUGGUUCUAGCCUUGUCUCACCUUCAUGAUACCUUAGGUGUCGUCUACCGCGACUUGAAGCCUGAAAACUGCCUGCUUGAUGCUCAGGGUCAUCUACUACUCACGGAUUUUGGGCUGUCCAAGGUGGCGGUCGAUGACGACACUGGAUGCAAGUCUAUCCUGGGUACUGUUGAAUACAUGGCCCCUGAAGUUGUGCUAGGACAGAAGUACGGCAAGUCGGUUGACUGGUGGUCGUUUGGGGCUUUGGGCUACGACUUGAUGACGGGUAAUCCACCUUUCCGGGGCGGGAACCACGCCAAGAUCCAGCAGAACAUUGUCAAGCAGAAAUUGGUGUUGCCAUACUUUCUCAGCCUUGACGCUAAAGAUUUUCUUACGCGGCUUUUGAAGAAGGAGCCGGGUAAGCGGCUUGGCUCCAACAUGCCCAAAGAUCUUUUGCAAAUGAAGAAACACCGCUUCUUCCGCAAGAUCGACUGGACAAAGCUCGCAGCCAGGGAGGUAGAGCCACCCAUCCAACCCAUGAUUACGGAUCCUGAGCUCGCCGAGAACUUCGCGCCCGAGUUUACAGACUUGUCUUUGAGUCCCGUCAUCACCAGCAAGGAUCCAUGGAAUUUGGGGUCACUAAAAAACAAGGACGGGUUUAAGGAUGACAUGUUUGGCGGAUUUAGCUUUGUGGCCUCAAACAGUUUGUUGGAGACGAACGGGUUUACCAUGAUGGAGGCAUAAAGGGUAUAAUGAUGACAGACGGCGAUAGUGACGGUAACGAUAAUGGCGCAUACGGUCGGGGCAGAGUGUCUGAGACACAGAGGUAGAUAGAAGCAAAGAUGAUGCUGCUAUGAUCACCAAAGAUUCGAGUUUCUUUGAGUGCUGUUUUAGCAAUUGUAGACGCCAUGGUAUCGGGUAAGGGUUUUCCUGCGAAGAUCAACAGCAAGUCGUGAGAGAGGGAUAGUUAGUAAGUAGACUGUCUCAGACAGGCUAGUAGGUAGAUUCUGACGAAUUCGUCGGAGGCCUCCUUCAGAGUAUUGGGCUGGGUUAGGUAAUAAAGGCUUGAUUCUACGCACC